CAACUUGUGAAUGUCCGGUUGGGUUCGUUACCGUACUGCUGGACAGUGGCUGACACUGAUGGCUUCUCCUUUUCAUUUCUAAGUGUAAUAGAGAUCUAAAAAGAUGACACUAAUAUAUAUGUAUACAUGCGACACGAUUUUCCAUACAAAAACAAUAAAUAACUUCAACCUGGAAAUUUGACAAUUCGAUCGAUCGAUCCACAUGCCAGCUGCAGCAGGGUUCAACAACAGCGUGCCUGUCGAAGAUCAUCCUCAGAACAUCGGGACGUCCGAAAUGCUGAUCUCCAUGUUUACACGGUCUUUGCAGUUUCAUAUCUGAAUCAGCACUCUACAAGCCAGGCUAACACACAUGAUCCAGUGCCUAGAUCUGACUACCCAGCCCAGUUGAUUUCAGGGGCACAAUGGUUCACUGACUUUCUUGUGGACACAAUAGUCGACUGGAGAAGUCACUAUGGCAACAAGUGGUGGCUACUCUAUAAACUCGGCCCCGGAGGACAAAUCCGAUGAGAACACACCCUUGCUGACAGGCAAAGGGCAGCAGACUGGACCCAAAGCAGCUUCUCAGUGCUGCUCUGUGCGGUACAAUCUGGCCAUCCUUAUGUUCUUCGGAUUCGCUGUUGUCUACGGCCUCCGUGUCAAUCUCAGUGUUGCAAUGGUAGCCAUGGUCAACAACACCAAUCCUCAGCCUUCCCUAAACCACACUGUUGUUCAGGAAUGCCCUGGACCCCCCAGCAAAGAUAACACCACACAAACCCCAGACCAGCCAGAUGGGACCCCUCGGUUUCUGUGGGACUCGGAGACUCAGGGCAUGUUGCAGGGGGCAUUUUUCUUUGGCUACCUGUUGACCCAGAUCCCUGGCGGGUACCUGGCCGGGCGCUUUGGGGGAAGCUUGUUUCUGGGGGGCGGCGUGCUGGGGACGGCGGCCUUGACACUUCUGACCCCACUGGCCGCGGAGAUGGGUGCCUACUGGCUGUUCGCUCUCAGAGCACUUGAGGGAUUUGGAGAGGGGGUGACAUUUCCUGCUAUGAUGGCCAUGUGGGCGCGCUGGGCACCCCCUCUGGAGAGGUCACGGCUCAUAUCCUUGUCAGGUGCGGGAGCGAGCUUUGGGGCGUUUGCAGCGCUCCCCCUCACCGGCUUCAUCUGCCAUGCGCUGGGCUGGCCCGCCGUCUUCUACUGUUGUGGAGGUGCCGGCUGUGUCUGGGCUCUUUUCUGGUUCCUCCUGGUGUCUGAUGACCCUCGGACACACUCUCGGAUCAGCGAGCUUGAGAAAAACUACAUUACCCAGUCUAUUGGCUCUCAGGGAAGUGCCCAUGGAUGGAAUGUGCCCCUCCUGCCCAUGUUGUUGUCUGUGCCGCUGUGGGCCAUUAUUGUCUCUCAGAUGUGUGCUAACUGGUCCUACUACACCCUUCUGACCUCUUUACCCACAUAUAUGGACACGGUGCUGCACUUUGACCUGCGACAGAACUCAUUCCUCUCUGCGCUGCCUUAUCUGGGAGGCUUGGUGUUCUCGGCUCUAUCCGGUGUACUAGCAGACUUUCUCCUGGAGAGGGAGCUGUUGAGCACCACAGCAGUACGCAAGAUCUUCACAGUUAUAGGUUUGCUGUUACCUGCUGCGUUCCUGGUUGCCGUAGGCUUUGUGGGAUGCAGUGGCAUGCUGGCGGUUACGUUCUUGACUGUCUCCUCAACCAUAGGGGGCUUCAGUGCAGCUGGAGUCUUCAUUAACCAAAUCGACAUAGCCCCACGCUACGCGGGAAUGCUGCUAGGGAUCACCAACACAUUUGGGACCAUUCCGGGAGUCCUCGCACCCAUUGCUGUUGGUCACCUGACCAAAGAUCACACCCUGCUGGGCUGGAGGAGCGUGUUCUGUGUGUCGGCUGUUGUGAGUGCCUUUGGAGCUCUCGUCUUCACUCUCUUUGGCAGUGGAAAAAUCCAGAGCUGGGCGGUUCUUACAGAGACACACACUGAAGGAGAGGAGUCUCCAUGUGGCAGUGACCCAUAACAGUACCCUUACACAGUGACACAACCACACACUCACUGAAUUAUUGUGUGCUUUUGAUUUGUGUGUGUGUGUGUGCGUGUGCGUGUGUUUUUUACAGAACAUUUGAUCAAUGCAAGAAAAUAUUCCAAAGGCCUUACUUUGAUGAUGUUUACAGAUGAUAUUAAUCUGCAAAACAAUUUUCAAUUUUUCUUUUUCUAUUAUAUUUCUUAUAUGUAAUUUUUCACUAGGAAGUAUUUUAGUAACUAUGUGAUUUCAAAGCAACAAUACAUUCGGAUUAUGCAAGGGGAAUAGUACACAAAUAUUCUGGAACUUGUUUAUAUAAGUAACUGUGAUUUUAAAGCAACAAUACAUUCCGGAUUUGCAAAGGGGAAUAGUACACAAAUAUUCUGGAACUUGUCUAUAUCAUUUUUUUUAUGUGAGAAUGUUUACACAUGGUGAACCACUGGCAAUUAUUUACCUUCUGAAUGUGGUCCAAGCGUACAAGUAGUUCCCACACCUUUGAUCACUGUUGAGCCUUCUUAAUAAUAUACAACUGUGCAAUGAAAAGUGCAAUCACAUGUUAUAUUUUUCUCAAACAUUGGUCUGACUCUGCCUUGUUUGCCAUUUUUUCAACUAUUGUCAAAAAAUGUGGUAAUUUAAUAUUGUGCAUCUAUAUUCUACAUUUAGAAUUUUAUUUGUUGAAAAUGCCUGAAGUAAAAUACAGUGAUGCAAAAUGAAACAUCAUUGACUGAAGCUGAAGCUUGAUGUGCUUUAAUUGUUGAAAACAAUUGAUUUCUUGCAAACACAUCACCCUUAUUACCACCCCUGGUAAUUAUAAGUAAAAAUGAGAAACUAGCUUCAUUUCCUUUUCUCUAUGGAAAAAUCAUCAAGAAAAACAUGCAUGUACCACAGUUAUGUGCACCCCUGGAAAUUCAAGCUAAUCAGAAUGUCUACACCUUUCAAGCAGUAAUCCAUGUUGAGGUAUAAAAACAAGGUCAGGAAAUGGCUUAAAAAAUAUCACUCACCUGAUGCCUAUAUCUACAGUCAAUACAAUAAUUACUCUGGAACUGUGACAAACUUGCUUGGAUAGGGACCCAUGGACAGAGAGUAGGAUGGUAAGAGAGACUGAGAAAUCCAGAAGGAAAACUGUUCCAGAGUUACUCAUCAAACUCAUCAGAUGUGACCUCCAUGCAAAAAGAUUAUUUUGAAGGCAAGCCAAGAAAAAAACUUGUAAAAUAAUGUGUAAUUAAAUGUAAAUGAAAUGAAAUGAAAAAUGUAAUGGAAAAAAUUGAGAAUUUUGUAACAAACAUUUGAGUUGUACAUACAUUGACUAAACUGAAAAGAACCCUGUUUCUAUAUGGGUUUGUAAGGUUGUGGGGCUAUUUUUCCUCAAAGGCUUGUUACCAAUAGAGUGCAAUUAUAAGCCUCAUGCAAUACCUGGACAUUUUAAAUAGAAAACUUGGGUCAUGAUUAGAUCAUCCAGCAAUCAUUGGUCCAAAGCAUUUACAGAUCAACAUAAACCUUACUUGACUGAAUGCAAAAUUAAGCUCAGUCCCCUGAUCUGAACUUGAAAAGUGGGGUGUGUUGUAAUGGCACAAGAGAAGAGGAAUUUGGAUGGUCUGGAGAGAUUUUGUAAAGGUGAACCUCAAAUCCCCUUCUUUGUAUUCUUCAUCUUUAAGACUAGCGAAGAGCAAGGGCAAAGGGAUUACAAAGAGGGGUACCAGUAGCCUAAUUGUGACAUAUGUUAGCAAACACAUAUUUCUUAUUUGUUAAAACAAUUAUUUCUUGAUGCUGUUUUUUCCCGAAUAAAUUUGCUUCCCUUCAAAGUUG